GAAAUGUGCCCGUGGAGGCUGGUGGCCGCUCUCAGAUGGAUGAAGACAAGAGCGAGCAAUUAUUGUCCGUAACGGCUGAUUCAUCCGCUCAACUGAACGAUAUCAUUACAAGUGAUUUCGAUGUGGUGACUACACCCUCAAUGAUAUCCGUCAUUAAGGAAUAUUCUCCCUCAGCGGGGUCAAUAGAAAGAGGAGUUUCUGCUGCCGCGUCCGGUACACGCUCGGAUAUUGAGCACCGUUAUCAAUUGAGUGGCGAUAUCAUCAUUAUCAAUCAAAUGGAAGCUGAUCAUGACGUGCUCUGCCUGUGUUACACGGAAACUUACGACCUUUUGGCGGCAGGACUGUCGGAUGGCACGUUACGGUUUUACAAAGUGAAUACAGGGGAGAACACCCUGACCCUUUGCGAUGCAGAGAUGAUGCAGAAUCCGGCUCCAACGACUGCUGUGAAACAUCGGCCGGUGCGCAGAUCACACCCGAUCACGCGUACCGUAAUAGCAACUUAUGCCAAUGGCUGUGUUAAAUGCUGGCAUUAUCCAACGGCGCAGUGCCUUUAACGAGAGAAGCGACAAACGCUCGGUUUAGCUUAUCAUCCUCAAUUACCGAAAUUUGUCACUGUCGGGGACGAUGCAAAUUUAUACUUAUACGAUGAAGAAACAAAGACACGAGAGAGAAUAUUCCGCGGAAGUGAUAUGCCAGGUGUCAUGGAUGGUCAUAAAUCCAGAGUCUUCAGCGCCUGCUUCAACCCCAAAUCCGCGCACGAGCUAAUAAGCGGAGGCUGGGACGAUACUGUCCAAUUUUGGGAUACCAGACAAGCUCAUUCCUUCCGAUUUAUAUCAGGUGUACAUAUGUGCGGGGAUGGCCUAGAUAUCAGUAGAAAUGGGAAAGAGAUUCUUACCUGUGCUUGGCAGAACAAAGAUCCGCUACAAUUGUGGGAUUACGAUAGCGGCAGACUGAUCGCCAACCUGGAACCCGAUAGUUAUUCCUCUUUAUUAUAUACCGGAAAAUAUGUGACAAAUAUGUUUGUCGCAUGCGGUGGCUGCGACAUUGAUCUCUUCAGAAUUGUCGAUUUGCGAUCUCAUGCUACUGUAGCGAUGAUUAAAUAUCUCAGGAGCGGUGUGUAUUGCUUGGACAUCGGUCCAUUUCAAUCAAAAUACGUGAAACUUCCGAAGCUCGCUUUUUGCGCUGGAACAACAAUUUUUGAGGUAGACGCUCAACCCAGUUAACAGACCUGUGAUGUAUACAGAUAUAUCUAUGCAUCUUUGAUAGACAAAUAUACAUAAUUUUGCAACUCA